CCGCACACCGAGCAGUUCACCACUCGACAGCCAUGGGCAAGAAGUCCAAGCCCGCCACGGCGCCUCGCACGACCGCCAUCAACCCGGCCGCGGUCGCAACCAUCCUCACCGCCUUCUCGCCGAGCACCGCCGCUGCCGGCCCGAGCUACUACGCCCACCUGCACGCUGCACCCGACGCCCACACCCUGCGCGUGUACGACCUCGACGGCAAGUGCGUCUCGCGCUGGGCGAGCAACGCCAACAGCGACGCCCAGGACGAGGCCGACGAGCCCCGCGUCAAGUCGCUCGCGUGGUGCUGGGUCCCGCCCGCAUCGGCGCACGACGCCCAGGGCGACGGCGGUGCCGCGGGCGACGGCAAGCGCGGCAAGAAGCGGAGAAAGAGCGACGGUGGAGCGGCGGCCGACUCGCCCGCCAAGCCGUCGUCGUCGUCGUCGGCGGCGCUCAAGCCCCAGUUGAUGCUCGCCCUCGGCCUCGAGAGCGGCGCCGUCCUCCUGUGGCACCCGCUCGGCACCGCGUCCCGCACCUUGUCCCACCCGACCUCGGCCUCGCCCGUCACCGCCCUCGCCGUGCCCGUUUCUCCCUCCGCCAGCGCCGACGGCCACCUGUGGUCGGCGCACCAGGACGGCGCCGUGCGCGUGUGGGACGUCGUAUCGGGCGCGCUCGUCGGCAAGGUCGGCGGCCUCGCCGAGGAGCCGCGCUGGGACGACCUCCUCGUGAGGUACGAGCCGGCGUCCGAGGAGGGCGGCAAGCGCACCGUGCAUCUCGUCCUGUCGCACCUGUCGCUCCACGUCUACUCGGUCCACCUCGGCGCGGCGUCGAAGAAGGAGGGCAAGGUCCGCGACCUCAAGGCGACCGAGCUGGGCCGGUGCACGGGCCACGUCGAGCCGUGCUCGGUGCGGUGGACCGGCGCGUCGUCCUCCGCCGACUCGUCGUCCCCCGACGCCGACAAGCUGUCGUUCCUGUCGUACUCGCCGACCGACCGCUUCGUCCAGGUCUGGCAGAUCGCCACCUCGACCCCGUCCUCGUCGCCCCACAUCGGCCUCCUCCUCGCCCGCCUCGGCACCGACAGCGGCGUCUCGUCGGCGACCGUCUCGCCCCUCGCAGGCGACGUGCAGACGCUCGCCGCCGUCGACUCGGCGACGGGCAACGUGACGCUGUCGGCGCUCCCGCUCUCGUUCGCGCCGGCGGCAAGCCCGAGCAAGAAGGCCAAGAAGCACGCCGCGGGCGUCGUCGCGCUCGAGGCGCAGUGCGAGGUGACGGCGCCGACGCAGGGCGGCAGGAGCGAGGCGGGCGUCGCCGAGGUCGCGUUCCGGGCGAGCGACGAGGCCAAGGCGGUGCUCUGCCGAGGCGGCGUCAAGCCGGUCUUCGAGGUCGUCUCGUUCAAGGAGGAGGGCGCGUGGGUGUCCAAGGUCGAGCUUGCACGGAGUGCAGCCGGCCUCCUCGUCGCCAACGGCGCGACGGACUCUGCAGGCGCACCCAAGCCGUCUCGCUACAGCGAGCACACGUCGUCGACGGCCGCCGCGACGGCCGCCCCUGAUGCUGCCGCGGCGUCCGACGACGAGGAGGCGGUCAACGCCGGCGAGCUCGACGUCGAUGCGGCCGAGCCCACGCUCGCCGACCGCCUCAAGGCGCUCAAUGUGUCGCAGAAGAAGGAGCGCCGCAAGGCGGCGAGGACGGCCCGUCUCGAUGACGACGUCGAGGUCGCGUCCGAGUCGAGCGGGUCCGAGGACCUGGACGACGACGAUGUCGAGCUCGGCAGCGACGACGAGGACGCCGUCGGCCCGGCGGUGCCGGCGACGACCCUCACGACGACGCUCGUCCAGGCGCUGCACUCGCAGGACGGCCCGCUCCUCGAGUCGUGCCUCGCCCACUCGAACUACAACCUCGUGCGCUCGACCGUCAAGCGCCUGCCGUCGGGUGGCCUCGUCCUGUCGCUCCUCGAGGCCAUCGUCGACCGCCUCGGCAAGCAGAAGAAGGGCCGCGAGGGCCUCGCGUCGCCCAAGCGCGCUCGUGCCCUCGUCGGCUGGCUCCGCGAGACGCUCGUCGUCCACGUCGGCUUCCUCGUCACGGUCCCGUCGCUCGUGUCGCGCCUCGCGGCGCUCCACGCGAGCCUGACGCAGCGCCUCGCGCUGCAGCAGCCGCUCCUCGCGCUCCAGGGCCGCCUCGAGCUCGUCAUGAGCCAGAUCGACCUGCGGCAGGACCGUGCGCGGGCCCAGACGGCGCGCAGCGGCGGCAAGGCGAUCAAGGCGGCGCCCAAGGGGACGCGGUACGUCGAGGGUGAGAGCACGGACGACGAGGACGAAGAGCUCGGCGAGGGACUCGAGGGCGAGGACAGCGAGGGCGAUGUCGAGGACGUCGUGCUCGGUCCGGGAGGGGACGACGACGAGGACAGCGGCGAGUCGGACGGGUUCGGCGAGAUCGACGACGACGAUGUCGACUCGGACUUUGACGACGAGGAGGACGGCGAGGGCUCGAAGGUGCCCCGGCACAAGCGCAACGGCGUUGCGUCGCUGCUCGACCUCGAGGCCGAGGACGACGACGACUUUGACGAGGACGACGAGUCGCUCGACGGCGGCGAGGACCUGUCGGACGACCCAGAGGCGGGCGAGGACGAGGAGUUCGAGGCGUGAGUCGCUCUCGGCGUCGCUCGACACGAGCGCGAUGUCAAGAGCGUGCGGGAGGAGCGCACGCGGCGGGCUCGAGGAGUAGAGUGUAUCGGGGGCAGCCCGCGCUCCUUCUACCGUCACAACUAUCACAUUCCGCAUCGUC